AUCACACGAUCGGAGCUUGGGAUCGCUGUCUUCCUCAACACUUUCCCCAGCUUCUCGUAGACCUUUUCUCUCUCAUCUCAUCUCAUCUCAUCUUCUCUACAAUCUAAUCACUCUAGCCCAACCAAACUCCAAACCCCAAACAAAGCUUCAGCCCAACACAAUGCCAUACUCCAGGCUUCUCACCACCCGAAACAUGACUCUGUUCUCUAUAGCAGCACUAGGUACUGGCUACUUCACUAUCAGGUCAAAGACACUUGCCGAGAAGCAGCAGGUACGACCUGCGGGUGACUACGCAGUUACGGUUGAUAGGUCGGGCGGCGGCAUCUAACCGUGCAAUUCACUUUCGCAUCUUCUAAGCGACAGCCCGCGUCUCACGAAUACGACAGGAACCUGGGGAAUUUCAAAGCCGUAUCGCACGUACCUAGACCUCAAUUCAAAGGGGCAACCCUCGUGUCCAUUGCUCUUUUUCGUACUGCCUCUUUCGAGUCGGAUCUCCUGUCUGCAGUAUUGCUGAUUGUUCCGGGAUUAACAACCGUACGAGAUCAACAUGCAGAAAGUCAAUCACAAUGUUAGCUCUCUACCCU